UCACAUGAACAUGGAGUCACCUCUAUGACACAUGAACUCUAAGAAGAGAAGUGAGAUGGUGAUUUAGGUGUACCCAGGGCUGCAGAAUGGAGAUAACGUUUCCUCAGCUUGUAAAGACCAUCUAUAAUUCAGCCUUUGAGGCUGUGUUUUUCCUGAAGAGGCUGGAUGGUGCCGGGAGUGAAUCAGUGACAGAACAGCAAAGAGUAAAGGGGAGAGACGGAAGAAGAGAGGAAAGAGAGAGAGAGAGAGAUCUGUGUGCAUGGAGUAGAGUUGUCAACAUAUUCUGGGAUACCUUUCGAGUGCAGUGGUCUAAAAAGGUUUUGUCUAUAGACGUGGAACAGGAAGGACCCGUACAGAGGAUAUGUUUGGACUAACAGAGGAUCAAACCAGACCGAAUCUCUUCUCCUGCUUGUUAUUGUUGUGCUGAUUGAUGAUUGCAUUUCUAGCUGCCAGCGAAUCACAGGGCUGCCCACACAGACACAACAGACUGCUCUGGGAGAAAGUCCCUCAUUCCCUCAAGUCCCGCAUUCUCUGAGGGUUGGCAACCCUAGCUGGGAGUGACAGAAGAACAACGUGUAAAAGAGGAAGAGAGGAGGGGGUAGGAAAAUAGAGAGAUUGAUCGACAAAUCAUGGAGGUUAAGAGACGUCCGAUAAUCGCUGGCAGAGAGAAAGGGCCAGGCCCCGGUCGCUAUGCUCUCCCUCCAACCAUUGGCUACAUCAACCAUGACCUCACCAAGCCCAGUAGCCCCGCCUACACCUUCCACAGACGUAUGAGCAGCAACAUGGUCUCUGUGGAUUGCAGUCCAGGACCCCAGUACCACAUCGAUGCCAAGAUGACCCGGUUCGGCCGCGUCGGUACCCCUUCUUACUCCAUGCUAGGCAGGGCAAGACGCGCCGCUGAACUCUUCCAGACUCCAGGUCCAGGUGCCUACAGCCCAGAGAAACCUCAUCUCAGACCUCCCUCCUACACUAUUGGCUCUCGGUCACGCUACCGUAUAAUGGAUUCUGUGCCCGCCCCUAACCGGUACACCCUCCCUAACCUGCUGGGUUCCCAGGUGCCCCACAAGCCGUCCAGUGCCAGCUACAGCUUGGCGGGGCGCAGACAGGUUGGAGCUCCAUCAGAAGACCUGUCUAUGACCCCUGGACCAGGACGCUACAACAGUACUGACCCCAGCGUCUACCUCACACGACAGCCGUCCUUCUCUAUGCAGAGCCGGACUACCCGACCCAACGAUCAGUCUCAGAAGCCUGGGCCAGGGACCCACAGCCCGGAGAAGGUCCUACUCCACCUCCCCAGACCUCCUGCCUUCUCCCUGGGCAUCAGACACUCCGAGUUCAUUACUCCUCUGGUGGUGGUUGUUACCGACUGAUUUUUAACACAGAGUUUGUGGAAAUGCUGGAGUCAGUUUUGAGUUAAAUACCAUUGUGUUGUUUUACUGAGCACAUUUAGCACAAUGUUGGAAAAGUGCGUCACAAAUAGAGUGUUUUUAUUAUCAUUGUUAUGCCAAGUUGUGGAUCUAUGGGUGUGACCUGCUAGAUGUGUGUGUGUGUGUGUGUGUGUGUGUGUGUGUGUGUGUGUGUGUGUGUGUGUGUGUGU